AUGGGUGUUGCCGCGCUGCUCCUUCUUGCCAUUGCGGUCAGAGUCCAUACGGCAGGCUGGGCGAGGGCAGACGAAGCCACCACGCUGUGGUUUGUGCCCGACGAUCUCUCCAACACGUCGAGUUGCGACUCGCUCGGCAUGGAGAGGGUUGAAUUGUACCGGGCGGUCCUCCGAGUCAAUGACAGCUAUGCGACGGGGGCGAGCGAGGACGUCUUCUUCCCUCUCUUUUCGUCACACCCUCUCCCAGGCCCUGCCCCCGACUCAGACUUGGAGGCGGACCCUGCUGUGAGGGUAGGUAUGAUCUUCGUCCAUGGUGCGCUCCGCAAUGCGAACGCGUACUUUUGUGAGGGGUCCAGUGCCGUUGCCAGCCGCGGGGGCGACGUGAAGGCACGCACGCUCGUUGUCGCGCCGUGGUAUGGCACUGAGCAGCUAAGCGCGGAGGAGUGGAUGGGACGCGGCAAUGGCACCUCCACUCGUUGGACAAACAACAGCUGGAUUCAAGGGGGAGACACGCGCGGCAAGCCGAAGCGCUUCUCGACCUCGUUCGACAUCAUGGAUCAGCUCGUACGCCUGCUCCUCGAUGGCGCUCCGCUUGUGGACGGGGCAAAGCUUUACCCUCGUCUAGACCACGUCGUCAUUCAGUUCGCGUUCCGCUACUCCUUCUUCGCCGCGCUUGACACCCGCGUGCGCUACUUGCUCUCCGAUGCCGCAACGUGGAUGUACUUUUCACCCGAGCGCCCGGCGCCCCGCUGCACGCUGCUCCACGACUCGGGAGUGUCUCAUGCCUGCGUCGAGUUCGGCGAGCCAGACGUUGAGGAGUGCACUGGCUAUAACAACUACAAGUAUGGGCUGGGCAACCUGUCCAGCAGCGAGAGCAGGUACGUAGAAAGAUUUGCGGACGACCAAGGCCUCCUGGACGACGCCGUCGAACUGUGGGCCGACAAAGAUGUCCGCUUCGUGUUUGGACAACAUGACACGUGCAACGCCCAGUCAAACGGCUACGACAACGCACGAUCGUGCUUCCAGAGGGACGCUGGGUGCUAUCCCGUCUCGGGCGACGUGGCUUUGCGCGAAAUGAACCUCACCGGCAUGACGUGCUGCGACACGUUUCCCGCCUCAAACAACAACGUGCUGGAUGUCAACUGCGAGGCGAUGCUUACGGGCUCGAAUCGCCUUCAGCGCGGCCUGAACCACAUGAAUUAUCUCACCCACCUCUACUCGGUGCGGAGGCGGCACAGCCUCUUUGCGGGCGCGCACAGCGACUACGCGUUUUACCAAAGCAAAGCCUUUGUCGAAUGGGCCUUCCCCGGUGAACUCGACUUACCGCACACCAAGGAGCAAGGGCCAAGAGUCGAGCUAAAUAGAUAA